CGACGCUAACUAGCUCUGUAGCCGAGACUAGCACUGCCACGGAAACAACGAGUGAGCAAGGAACAGGCAGCUCCACGAUGGCUUCCACAUCUGAAUCAGAAGCAACAACGAGUGGUUCGACGCUAACUAGCUCUGCAGCCGAGACUAGCACUGCCACGGAAACAACGAGUGAGCAAGGAACAGGCAGCUCCACGAUGGCUUCCACAUCUGAAUCAGAAGCAACAACGAGUGGUUCGACGCUAACUAGCUCUGCAGCCGAGACUAGCACUGCCACGGAAACAACGAGUGAGCAAGGAACAGGCAGCUCCACGAUGGCUUCCACAUCUGAAUCAGAAGCAACAACGAGUGGUUCGACGCUAACUAGCUCUGCAGCCGAGACCAGCACUGCCACGGAAACAACGAGUGAGCAAGGAACAGGCAGCUCAACGAUAGUAACAGACGGAAGUGGUGUAGCUUUCAAAGCGAGCUACGAUUUCACUACCAUAGCGGCAACAAUGCUAAAAAGGAUUGUCAUGGAUAGGAUUUCACCACCAGUGAAGGAAGGUAUUCACUGUCUGAUUGUUGGAGACAUGAACAGCUUCAACGAUUUUCCACGGAAGUAUAGCAAGGAGAAAGACUUCAUCAAUGAUGUCGGCGAGGAAUUCUACAACAAAACGAACAACUCAUCCCUUGGAGUUGUUACUUAUGGAAGUUCUAAGCUACCGAUUCUGCAUGCCUUGAAUUCCAUGAAAAAGAAUUUUGACACUUUUUCCAAGGCGGCGGCGUUGGAAAUGAGAGCGAGACAAGCUGAGACGUCCUCUUCAGCUGAAGAGGCAAUAAAUCGAAUAAAUGGAUUGAAGAAUCUACGAAAUCGAGCCAACUGUCUAGUUUUCGUUUCAGCCACAAACGAUACAACCCGAUUACCACCGCUAGAACCGGAUAAAGAUUGGAAAAGAAUAGUUGCAGUCGGAUUUGACGGUGCCGACUUGAGCAAAGUAGUCACUCCUCCUCGUGGUGUCGCAGUAACGGUUCCGUACUGGGUUCUAGAGAUUUGAACCAUAGGCUCACGUUUGGAGGAGCAAUUUCUCGAAUUAUCAAGAUUGAUAAGCACUGAGGUUAUGUGAUCCAAAGGCUUCUUAUUGUAAAUAGUUAUGUAUCUUUGCAAACGAUACCUGGCACAUGAAGCUCAAGUUUAAUAAUAAUUCUCGGGUAUGCAAUUUUUUUUGAUUGACCAUGAGUAGAAUGGGCUUAUUUUGUAC